CCGGGCUACGGGAACGGAAACUCGGACUCUCCGGUGGUCUCUCAGGACCAAGAGCGGUCUCCGAAGCGCGGGGAGGUCCAGAUUCCAGACUGCAUCGGAACAUUUGCUUACUCCGUUAGGCAGUCUACACUGGACACAUCUGUGAAGCUUUCUCUGCAUCCUGCCUGUGGCCUACUACACCGUCCCGGUUCACUUCCACAAAAAGAAGUACAUGGAAUGGCCACAUGAGGCCAGUCACCUAACUUAAUGAAGGAUGCCAGUGAGGAAAAAUGUUGAUAUGCCAGUGUCCUCAUUCUACAGUGUGUUCCAUUCUUUUGCAAUCUCAGAAAAAAAUGGCACUAAAAGAAAGUAUUGUAUGAAACAAGAAGUUCCUGCUUUUUAAAUGACGAAUAUGUAUUAAGAUGGACAUCUGCUCUACAAGAUACAAAGAUACCAUUCCUAAAUAAAAACAGACCUGAAUGAACGUCAGAAUGUUUGUUAGUGGCAGAAGAGUAAAAAAAUGGCAGUUUGUUCAGUUAUUUGCCACUUGUUUUAUACUAAGCCUCAUGUUUUUUUGGGGACCAAUUGAUAAUCACAUUGUGAGCCAUAUGAAGUCCUACUCUUACAGAUACCUCAUAAAUAGCUAUGACUUUGUGAAUGACAGCCUGUCUCUUAAACACAGGACAGAUGAGGCUACUCAUUACCAGUACUUGAUUAACCAUAAGGAGAAGUGUCAAGCACAAGACAUCCUCCUUUUACUGUUUGUAAAGACUGCUCCUGAAAACUAUGAUCGACGUUCUGCAAUUAGAAAAACAUGGGGCAAUGAGAAGUAUGUUCGGUCUCAACUUAAUGCCAACAUUAAAACUCUGUUUGCUUUAGGAACACCUUCUAACCCACUGACAAGGAGAGAACUGCAAAGAAAACUGGUUUGGGAAGAUCAAAUGUACAGUGAUAUAAUUCAGCAAGACUUUGCUGAUUCGUUCUAUAACCUUACUAUUAAAUUACUUAUGCAGUUCAGUUGGGCAAAUAGCUUUUGUCCACAUGCCAAAUUCCUUAUGACUGCUGAUGAUGACAUAUUUAUUCAUAUGCCAAAUCUUAUCGAAUACCUUCAAAGUUUAGAAAAAAUUGGUGUUCAGGACUUUUGGAUUGGUCGGGUUCACCGUGGUGCUCCUCCCAUUAGAGACAAACGCAGCAAGUACUACGUCCCCUAUGAAAUGUACCAGUGGCCGGCUUACCCUGACUAAACUGCUGGAGCUGCUUAUGUGAUUUCCGGUGAUGUAGCCGCCAAAGUCCAUGAGGCAUCACAGACACUUAAGUCCAGUCUUUACAUAGACGAUGUGUUCAUGGGCAUCUGUGCCAAUAAAAUGGGGAUCGUACCACAACACCAUGUGUUUUUUUCUGGAGAAGGGAAGACUCCUUAUCAUCCCUGCAUCUACGAUAAAAUGAUGACAUCUCAUGGACAUGUUCAAGACCUGCAGGACCUUUGGAAGGAUGCCACAGACCCUAAAGUAAAAAUGCUUUCGAAAGGUUUUUUUGGUCAAAUAUAUUGCAGGAUAAUUAAGAUAGUUCUCCUUUGCAAACUGACCUAUGUGGACACGUACCCUUGCAGGGCUGCCUUUGUCUAACAGUACUUGAAUGUUGUGUGUUUUCACUGUCACUGAGCCAAACCUGGAUGAAAAACCUUUAGAUAUUUGUCGAUACCUUAGGUGAAAUGAAUAUGAAAAAAAAAAAAAAACAGAAAUAUUUUGGAAAUCCAGUCUAUCAGAAUGUUUCUUUGAUUCUAGAAGCUAUUCAGUAGAACUUAUCUACGUCAUUGCCUAAAUUCAUUUCAAGGAAUUUAUAUUUAGAAAAGGUUUAUGAAAACAAAACUAAAGGGAAAUUCAAGUUCUCACUCGCCACGUGUAUAUUCGAGGUGUAGAGAAGUUACUAAGGUGCCUUGGUGUUAGAAUAACUGCUUUUGGAAAAUACCAAGUGAAUGUAUAGUACAUUUCAAAGAAAUGAAUAUAUUGUUGGACCAAGUUUACAAGUUAGUUUUUAUUACUGAGCACUUGACUGGGGGGAGAUGGAGACAGGGGAAGAUUGGCAUAGGAGAACCUGGUACUUGAACCUGGUAAAAGAAAGUUUCUGUUCCUCAGAGGAGAUUUAGAAAAAUGUACACGGCUUUAUAAACAGCCAAGUCACUUAUUGUCACAUCCAUGUAGCUAAUUUACCUAAAUAGUGUUAGAGUCAUUUAAAAUAUAUUUAUAUUUUUCUUUCAAAGUUUAAUGUGAAAUUUGAGAAGUUAUGUGCUCUGCUCUAACUGGUACUUCAUGUGGCUUUUUUGAUUAUUAGAAAUCACACAAAUCAUGGGCACUUGUUACCCACAGGGUCCUUCUCUAGGGAGAAAUCAUUGUUAAUUCAAAUAAGCCAAUUUUAAUUUGAUGAAUUUUUCAGCUGGUUUUUAAAUAUUAAAUAUCAGCCUGUUUUAAAGGUAGUUAUUUGAAAGUAGUUUGCACAGAGGAAUACAAUAAUGGAGAAGACUUCAAAAAGAAAGAACAUUAAAAGCCUCGUUUUCCCCUUUUCUAUAAUUUAUAAAAUAAAAUUUUUUGUGUGUAAAUUAUUGUAAGGAUGACUAAGAUUAGCCUAUCCUUCCCUAAGAAGGUCUCAUAAACCACAGUACUUUGUUUCAAGUUCAGAUUUUACAACUGAGAGUAUUCAACAUCAGAUCAAAGCUAUCCUAUCUUAAAAAAAAUCAAUCCUCUCAUCAAAAUAACUAGCAGUUGUCAACUUGGAAAUAUUUCAAAUGUGAAAGCAGAAUGAAAGUGAUAGGUCACUGGAAUGAGGUUUAAGAUAUUGGGAAGCUGCAGGAUCUUCAUAUUCAAAGACAGGUGGCUGAGAUGUAAAAGAGUUAGUUGCAUUUAUUUUACAGAGCAGGAUAAAAAUGUGGCCAGGAUGUGACCACCUCCCCUCCCUACAGAAAGAACUAGAUGGUGUCUAUUGUCACAGGGAUAGUAAGAAGGCCAAAACAGUGACUCCAGCAAAAGCAGUUGAACUGAUUAUGCAACCCCUCUCUGCAGAGGUGUCUGUACGAGAAAAUUAAGACGUCUGAUUUCAUUCGAUGAUGUUUGAAAUACGCAGAAGACAAAGCUAAAAGAAUUCUUGGUAAACACAACUGGAUGAUGACAUAUACUGUAAUGUUUUACAGACAGCUUUUUAAUGUUUACAGAAACCUUUUUGUUAUUUUUUUUUUCUAUUUUGAAAAUUGAGGCUUGUUUACAUUGAUCGCUCAGAUAAUUUAAAAUUUUUACUCCUGUCAAAACUACAGUGUUGACCAUUCUAGGUUUGUAGGACUUUCAGAGUUGGGUCAGUAUUUUAGAUCAUUAUGGUUUAAAUUUUCUGACCAAUUUUAAAACCUGUAGAUAACAGAAGCACAUUUUGACAAAGCCGUUUUAUAAUUAAUUUUUAUUAGUUGAUUCCUUAAUAACCAUUUGCCUUUGGGCCAUACAUACCUUGUGUAUCUGUAAUUGUCAGCAUUUAAAUUUUCCAUUGAUUGAAAACAUAAGUGUCUCUCUAGCCAUUGAAAUGAUCUUGUUUACAGGAAUACUUUUGUGAAACAAUUAUUUAUUUGCAAAAGAGCUCUCCUCGACUGUUUUCAUCUUUUGCUUAGAAUAGAAUGGAAUAGAUUUAAAUCUAAAGGAAAUAUGAAGGCACUUCCUUUUUUAAGAAGAAGGAAAUUGCUAGAUGCUUCCUUCAUUAGACUUAAAGUACUGAGAAGAAUAUUUGUAAAGAAAAGGAUUCCAGCCUUUUAAAAAAGAAGGAAAAAACUUUCUGGUGCUCUAAUGCAAGGCUGUCUCAAAAAUCGUCAACAAAGGGAAAAUAAACUAUCAGCCUGGACGGUCACUUGGGUAGACGAUGGUCGAUGGUUGUACACAGUGUUAUUGCUAAAAACCUUUUACCUCUUGGUUGGUUUGCAUCUUUUUUCCAUAUUAUUAAUUUUAUACCAGUAUGUUAAAUAUUUAUAUUAUUUGAAUUUUGCUCUUACAUGGCAAAAGUAAUUAGUGAGUUUUUAAAAGUAAAUCUGUGAUUUCCAAUAAACAACUUGAAAAUUG